CAUGCCGAUUCAGGCUCCCUCAUGGACAGACUUUCUGAACUGUCCCAUCUGCGGCAAUGAGUUUGCGGCCAGUCAGCGAUUCCCCAUCAGCUUGGGAUGUGGCCAUACCAUUUGCAAGCUCUGCCUGACCACCCUCUACAAUCGGCAAUGUCCCUUCGAUCAGACCCAAAUUGUCACCGACAUCGACAAUUUGCCCACUAACCAUGCCCUGCUACAGCUGGUGGCCAAGGGUCCGCCCGGCAAGGACUCGGAGCCGUCGGUGGACUUCGCGCAGCAUGCCCCGCCCAGUGUGCAGAAGCUCGAUCCGGAGCAGCUCAAGUGCUACAAGCUCGGCAAGCAGUGCAUCGAGGAUCUGGCCCUGCACCUUAAGUCCUUCCUCAACCUGAACAACGGCAACCUGCUGACGCGGCCCAUGCAGCGCAAGCUGGUGACGCUGGUCAACUGUCAGCUGAUGGAGGAGGAGGGACGCGUGCGGGCACUGAGAGCGGCCCGCUCCUUGGGCGAGCGCACCGUCACGGAGCUGAUUCUACAGCACCAGAAUCCGCAGCAGCUCAGCUCGAACCUGUGGGCGGCAGUAAGAACGCGCGGCUGCCAGUUCCUGGGCCCUGCCAUGCAGGAGGAGGUGCUGAAGCUGGUCCUGCUGGCCCUGGAGGAGGGCUCGGCGCUGUCCCGCAAGGUGCUGGUCAUGUUUGUGGUGCAGCGGCUGGAGCCGCAGUUCCCGCAGGCCUCCAAGACGAGCAUCGGCCAUGUGGUGCAGCUGCUCUACCGCGCCAGCUGCUUCAAGGUGUCCAAGCGGGAGGCAGACUCCUCGCUGAUGCAGCUCAAGGAGGAGUUCCGCACCUACGACGCCCUCAGGAGGGAGCACGACGCCCAGAUCGUCCAGAUAGCCACCGAGGCAGGGCUGCGGAUUGCGCCCGAGCAAUGGUCUUCCCUCUUGUACGGCGACGUGCUGCACAAGAGCCACAUGCAGAGCAUCAUCGACAAGCUGCAGACGCCGUCUUCCUUCGCCCAGUCGGUGCAGGAGCUGGUCAUCGCCCUGCAGCGCACCAGCGACCCCGCCAAGCUCUCCAAUCUGCACAAUCAUCUGAAGUACCUGGCCAACAUCGAUCCGUGCGCGGAGGUGGCCCCCUGGCAGGACGUGUCCGAGGCCCUGGACGCAGUGCGCCACUCCGUCGUGGGUCUCGUCAACUUCCUGCAGCAUCACGGCGUGCGCAAGGCCCAGGACGCAAUCGGCAGUGCGGGAGCAGCCAUCAGCAAUCCCAAGUACAAGAUCAGCCUCUGCCGGGACCUGAACGUGCGUCGAGUGUGUCCCCGCGGCGCCAGCUGCACCUUUGCCCACUCGCAGGAGGAGGUGGAGCGCUACCGAGCGCGCAACAGAGGCAAACACAUCAAGACGCCCCUGCAGGGCCCACCCCUGUUGGUCGGCGACGAGGUGCAGGUUCUCGGAGUGCCGCCCAUGAUGCCGAUGUCCCCCAUGCACUACAUGUCGUCGCCCAGAGGCUAUCUCGAUCCCAACGCCAACCUGCCAGGCCUCGGACUCUCACCUGAAGCCGCCCAUCCGCCACAGCCACCACAGCUGCUGCACCACCCCUACAUCGCGCGCCAAAUGAAUGGGCUGAUGGUGCCCGGGCGCUUCGAUCCGCGCUUCAACUACGGCCCCGGCCAGCCGAUCGCACAAUCCAGGAAUCCCUCGCCCAGGGAGUACCAGGCCAGUCCUGGCCCUGUCCCCGGGCCUCCACCACCGCUACAGCAACAGCAACAGCAGCAGCAGCAGCAGCAGCAACGCAAUCUAUCCAACCCACCGAGCUUCAAUGUCAAUAGUAACCUCCACAAGGGCUAUAUGCUUCCGGCGGAUGUGUUCCAUCCCACGGCCUAUGGCUAUGGCAGCGAGGAGAAGCUGGGCCAUCCCUGGGAGCAGCAUGCCUACCAGCAGCAACAGCAACAGCAGCAGCAGCAGCAGCAGCUCCAACAGCAGCAGCAGCCACCGUCCAGCAAGCCGAAUCCCAGCCGACCGUUGUCGAUUUUAGCCGCAACAGCUGAUACCUCAUUUUACGAAAAGAAACCGCCGAAUAACGUUAGCAUAGACAUGGACAUGGCCAAGCCCCUAGCUGGAGCUGGAGCUGGUGCAGGUGCUGGCGAAUCAGCUGGCGAUGUCCUGGAUGCCCUGCCUCUCUUCCGACGCGCCAAUAACCAUCACAGCCACAGCCACAGUCAUGGGCAGAACAACUCCUCGCUCUUCUUCGAGCGCUCCGACUCCAUACUGAAUGACGAUGGGAGCACCUUCGACAUGCCCACAGGCUCCUCCCUGCACAGUCGCUACGGCCCGAUCUGUCCGAAGAGCUCGACGGCGAGCAACUGGAACGCCUGGAUGAUGGAGAACGACGCGAGCAGCGAUCUGGGCUAUGCGGGCUACAAGGCCGACAGGAAUGAUAAUUUCAGCAGCCACAACAAGACGUCGCAGGUGUGGGGCAGGAAGCCGCAGCUGCUGUCGGAGGACAGCUUCGAGGGCGGCAUCGACAGUGGCAUGAUGCUGCAGCUGGAGAAGAACCUCGUGGACAUUGUGGAUCCCGAUGACAGCGGCAUCAAGGUGGAUUAAACCAGACUCAGCCAGAGGAGUAAUAUGCCCCCGAUGAGGGGCAGGCAGGCGGCAUAUAGUAAUAUGUAUAAUGCAAUCAUUUUACACUCACACACACCACACACACACAUCGUUAGAGGUUUGUACCGCACAGUUCAAACUCUGGUAGAAGGAAUUCUUCUGCAUGUAGCAGCGAAACAGCCAGCCCUCCGCGCUCCGAUCCGUUGUUGGAUCGGGGCGGAGCCAAA